AGGAGACAUUUUAUUCUAGAUUUGAAAUUAUGUGGCAAUUUAUAAAUGAAAGAGCUCCUGAUAGUCAUUGUGAUUAUCUGACUGAAGAAAAAACAGUUGCUGAUUCAUUAUCUUGGCGAACAACUGGUAACAAUGAAUACAAAAAUUCAACAAAUGAAAAUUAUUUGAGCAAAUCAAUUAAAGCAUACACCAAGAGUAUUGCAUAUGCACCACUUGGAUCUAGUGAAUUGUCAUUGGCUUAUGCAAAUCGUUCAGCUGCAUUAUUCAAAGCUAGACUCUAUCAAGAUUGUCUUCUUGAUAUUGAACGUGCAUUGAAAUCAGGCUAUCCAGAUGAAUUAAAAACAAAAUUAUUUUUACGUCAAGCAUUGUCUUUCAAGGCUUUGGAUCGAAGCUUCAAUAUUAAGUUGAGUGAUUCAAUGGCCAAUGCCAAGAAGUGGCUUCCAAAUUUAAAAAAAAAUUGCCCAUACUACAACAUCAAAGCUGAAUGUUCAAAGAUGAUGAAUCAACUUGGAGAACCACUUGAUACAAACACUGUUAAAUUUACUCCAACAAUUAAAAAUAACAAUUCAAUAAUAGCUGGUGGAUCUGAUGCAAUUGAAUUAAAAAAAACAAAUGACAAUAAACAACAUAUUGUUGCAACCAGAGACAUUAAAUCUGGUGAAUUUAUUUAUAUCAAUAAAUCAUUUGAAAUGAUUGCUUGUGAUGAUGAUCGUUACAUGACUUGUUGGCAUUGUUGUCGUCAAACUUGGGCUGGUGUACCAUGUGAUGAAUGUCCAAAUGUUGUAUUUUGUUCACCAGAAUGCAAAGAUUCAGCUUGGAAUGAAUAUCAUGAUAUUGAAUGUCCAGUAUUGAGUUAUUCAAAGAAAGUCCAACAUCAUCCUGAGAAUGAUUGGCAAUUCCAAUUGACAAUUAAAAUAUUAUCAAAAGCACUCAAAGCUGCUGGUGGUAUUGCUCAAUUAAAACAAAAAAUUGAUGAUGUUGAUUCAAUGGAGGAUAAAUCAAUGAUUUAUACUGAUGGUAUAUUUAACGUUAAUACUAUUGAUAAUUUUCAUCGUCUUAAAUACGACAAGUCAGCAUUUGAUCAUUGUUCAUUUGAACAAACAACUCAUAUUGUAUCACUUGUUUUAAUGUUUGGUCUUAAUACAAAUUUUUUCGGUCAAAAAAUGGAAGUUGAUGAUACUUGUUCAAAUGAAGAUCCAUUGGCUUUGGGAUUUUUAAUAGCCAGGUAUUUCAUGAUUGUCAAUUACAAUGUUGUAUAUGUCACUGAUAAAAUGUCACAUAAUACCGUGUUUACACAUGCUCUUAUAAUGCCGAUUCAAAACAUGUUCGUGAGAGAUUGUCAUAAUCAUAUCGACUGGUACGACUAUGGACAAAAUGUUGCAGUUGCUGCUGAAAGACCUAUCAAAAAAGGCGAAGAAAUAAAAAUGUUUGCAAUUGGUAUUUACGAAGCUAAGCAAUUAUCUAAAGAUGGAACGAGACUUGCAAAAUUUGUUAAGGAGCCAUUAUGUAAGUGCUCAGCAUGUGUCAAAGAUUUACCAGCACUAGAAGUUCUUCCAUCUUACAAGAGUUUGAAAUUAUCAAAAAAGGUUCGAAAAGAAUUGAAUCGUAUAAUGAGAGAAGCACAUGAUUAUUUUUACUUCAUUACCGAGAGAGACACUGAAAAAAUGCUUGAAAUAAAAGACACUUUGGCUGAAUUGACUGAUAAAAUUUAUGGUCAUAUUACUGGUCCUUGCCAAGAAACUUGUUUAUUCCAAGAUAAGCUGGGAAGUUUGCAUCAACAACUCAGUAGUCCACGUCGUAUUAUUCAGUAAUU